UCAAGUUUAUUGAUAUUUACGGCUCAAUAUUAAGUAAAAGACCCAGUACUCGAUCACUCAUGGGUUUACUACAUAACGUUUUAAAAAUACAAGGAGUGAUCAAGUACUAUUUCCCUGAUCAGGUGCUAAGUCUUUUACCUGAAUAUAUUUUAUUUUUAAAAUGAAACAACUAACAUCCCCAAACGUCAGCGUGUUCAACUGAAUUUAAACUCGUUUGUUUACAAACACAACACCUGUCAUUUUGACAUUAUAAUUAUUUCCGCUUUCUUUUUUUUUAUUUAUUCGUUUAUUGUAUAAAAAAAUAACCUCUGCAUUAACUUAAUAAUCAUAUAAUUAACGCAUUAUUGUUUUAUAAAUAUAUAUUAAAAAUGCCGUUUUUUACAAAUAAAUUUUCACCAAAAAAAACUCCAUUAAGAAAAGCCCCGACGUCGUUGGCCAAUAGAGAUUUGAGUCCUAAACGAAUUGAAAGAGAACUUGGUCCUGAAAUAGGGCCUAUAAAGAUUCGUCUUGGUGAUCAUGAAGCAGUUUUUGAUGGUGGUACUUGGAUUCCUGAUUCAGGUAAGAUAGGCGGAACGUAUAAAGAAAAUGAAAAAUUAAAAAAAGAGAUAAGAAAAUUGGAGGAAGAGAAUAAUUUUCUAAGAUUAAAAUUUGAUUUGAUGCUAGACAUGUUGACUGAAACUACUGCUCAAGUACAAAUAAAUAAAGAUAAAGUUGAAAACUUAAAAAUUAAAACGUCUUAUAACAAACGGACAGCAACAUAAUAA